AUGAAUACAACCAGUAGAACCGGCUUGGUACCAGCCAAGAAAAAAGAUUUCAUAUUAAAAAAGAAGCGAAAGAAAUCGACAGACGAGUUACCUAUCAGAUUUGAGGCGAUGCCAAUGGCUUUAUCAUUGCGGCCAUUUGGAGGUCUGUACAAUCCCUUUUCUAAAGGUUGUUCGGUACUUUGCAACCAUCCUGCACCAUCUGGCCUAAAAGAUAUAAUAAGUCAAAUGAAAUCUUCACUGACAGUGGAUGGAAAAAGUGUAAAUCUUCUGAAAGACAAAAACGUUGUAUCACCAAUUAAUGAGCACGAUAACAUACCCGAGGAUCUUGUCCGACGGUACACUGACACAGACUCGCGUCCUCUCACCCCAACGCCAACCGUUACAAGUGUGCACACACGUAACAGCACCAGUUCCUUCAUAAACAAUCGACGCUGCAUAACCCCCGAGUUGGGUAAAAAUGAAAUAAUCAAACGGAAAAAAAUCAUUUUGGAUUUACGACGCACACACUCUCAAGAGACUCUAUACUGGAAACCAUCGUCGGAUAUGUCACAAAGUAUCACAGAUACUAGUGGUAUUAAGCCCAAGAGCGCUGGCGCUAAUGAGGAAAGAAAAAAUAAGCAGCAACGGUUCGAGGAUCAGCGCCCCAACACUUCCCUAGGUAAUGCCCCAGUCACUGAUAGCACUAAAGAAAUGGAAGGGGUGGAAAUUAAAAAUGUACAAACUUGUAUCAAUGAACAGCAUAUAGACGAUGAGGACAUACGACGUGGCAAGAAACGAAAAAAGAUAAAGCCCACGGCGGCUACAACAACAACUACCUUCCAUCUUAGCGAAGAUCCAGAAACACAGGUGGCUGCACUUGGGCCGGAUUCUCUCAAUCCAAGUACUCGUCCCAGUCUCAUACCAAAUGCGGCAAGUUUACUGCCAGGCAAAGAAAAACGAGAAAGCGAACCAGUGCUGUUGAAAGGCAGCUUUCUCACGGAUGAAGCAUUUCACGCCUUGAAAACCGAGUUGGAUAUUGAUGUUAUUGAAAAUACUUUCGAUAGAUAUGAUAGAAUACGACCCUGGGUCCAAUGCGACCCUGAAUUAAAUGACGCUAACUUACUGAAAAAUGCAACUCUACAAAUAGAAAUAACGGAGUUACAGUUACCUUCAAGAAGUAAGCCAAUCACACAAGAUUUUAUAUUCAAUAUUAAAAUGGACACAGCGACUAUACUUCGUUUGACAGUUGAUAUUUUAAAAGAAAAAUUAAGGGAGUGUGGGUUGUCGACAAGUGGACGGAAAAAAGAAUUACAGGACAGAUUGCUUGUACAUUUCGGGCAUUCUGUAGGUCAGGAAGAAGAUGAAGAAUCUCUGGAAUCACUUUAUGAAGAAGUAAAUGCCUUAAAUAUGCGUCCAGAUGUGUCUCACUUGCCGUGCCAACAUCGCCCUGGUUUUACAUUAAAGGAUUUAGGUGAUAGUAUAGCUCGAUUUAGUGGUACAAAUAAGGAUGAUAUUGAACAGUGGUUAACAGAAUUUGAAAUGAAUGCGGAUAUAUUGCGUUGGUCUGAUCUUCCAUGA